AUGGAAGAGCAUUUGCAACAUUACGGGGUGAUCAGCUUCAAGAAGGUGGUUGAAGUAAUGGAAACUAUGGGUAGGGCUUUAUGUGUACCAAAACGUGCUCAAGCUUACGUUGACAGCCCCAUGCCAAUAGGAUACAAUGCUACUAUUUCUGCACCUCAUAUGCAUGCAACAUGCCUUCAGCUGUUGGAGGAGCAUCUAAAACCUGGUACGGGGUAUUUGGCAGCAUGCUUGGCCAUUAUGGUUGGACCACAAGGUCGUGCUGUUGGUGUGGAGCAUAUUCCAGAAUCGGUUACUUCGUCUAUCAAGAGUAUCAAGAAAAGUGCAGUUGCUCCAUUUUUACAGGAAUGUUCUCUCCGUGCAUGUUGA